CUGCCAAAAAAACGGCCAUCCUCCGCCCCCUCCUCAGCUAACUUCCUUCCAGCAUUUCCUGAGCUGGAUAAUCCCAGGAUCUGUAAAACAGGGGAAAAGAGAGAGAGAGGGAGAGGGAGAGGGAGGACAGGAAACUCGUUUCUCAUUCCACUACUGCUGUCCGAAGGCAAACGGGCAAGGGAAGGCAGGGCUGGAGAGCUAAGAGAAGCCUCAUACAGCCUCUGCCUGGGUCCCUCUUCAUUGGUGUUUUUGGAGCUUUCAGUUUCUUCCACAAGUUCAGGGAAGAAAGAAGUUUAAAAAGAGGGCAGUUUUUCCUCUCAACAGUGGGCAGGACCUACUGACUUUCCAUCCUGUGGGUGGCUUUGGAGGGGACCACUGAGGAGACGACACCCACCUCAGCCUUCGUCUGCCCUGACUCGCCAGCUCUGAUGUGGGCACCAGUCUACCACCCACCACCCUCUGAUGAGAUCCCUUCCGGGCUUGGGCUAUGAUCACUGCUGCUGCCUGCUGGGGAGCCUCCUCUCGUCCUGAUCUUCCCCUGCCACACGAGCAACCCAACAUCUGGUGGGGAUUAAUGCACAUUUCUCUGGCCGGACGUCCUGCGAGACCCCCGAUGUCACCUCCCAGGAGCGGGAUACAGGCAGUGGUCUGAGAAGAAGCGUGAGCUGUGCCUGUGCUUGGUGUGAGGGGGGGAGGGGGGUACGGCAGGAGGGGGGUGAGCCUCUUUUGGGACUAACUCAUGAAGAACAAGGGAGCGAAGCAGAAGCUCAAGAGGAAGGGAGUCGUGAGCGUGUUUGGCUGUGACCUGACGGAAUAUCUGGAGGGCUCGGGGCAGGAUGUCCCCUACGUGCUGAGGAGCUGUGCGGAGUUCAUUGAAACUCACGGCAUUGUGGAUGGGAUCUACCGGCUCUCUGGCAUAACAUCCAACAUUCAGAAGCUGAGGCAGGAAUUUGUUUCUGACCAAUGCCCAGACCUCACAAGGGAAGUUUAUCUCCAAGAUAUUCACUGUGUGGGGUCACUCUGCAAGCUGUACUUCAGGGAGCUGCCCAACCCCCUCCUCACUUAUGAACUCUACAAGAAAUUCACGGAGGCAGUAUCACGCUUCCCAGAAGACCAGCAACUGGCCCAAAUCCAAAAUGUCAUCCAGGAGCUCCCAUCAUCACACUACAGGACACUGGAAUACCUGAUCAAGCACCUGACUCACCUGGCUUCCUUCAGCAACAUGACCAACAUGCACACCAGAAACCUGGCGCUAGUGUGGGCUCCUAAUCUCCUCAGAUCAAAGGAAAUUGAAGCUAUAGGCUGCAAUGGGGAUGCGGCCUUCCUGGAAGUGCGAGUCCAGCAGCUGGUGAUCGAGUUCAUCCUGAACCAUGUGGAUCAGAUCUUUAACAACAUAAAAGCCAGCUCCAUGGAGAAUGAUGAGAGCAUGCCAGUGGUGAAGAGUCUUACCCUCCCCUCAGCCUCCUUGCCCAUGAAACUGGUGAGCCUUGAAGAAGCUCAGGCCCGGAGUCUGUCAGCUUCCCACCCUGCCCGGAAGGAGAGAAGAGAGAACAGCUUGCCUGAGAUUGUCCCGGUUACUGGAUCCUUUUUCCAUACUGUCGUUGACUUACCCGACAGCAAGAGAAAAUUAUCCACGAAGUCCAAAAAAUGGAAGUCAAUAUUUAACCUGGGCCGGUCUGGGUCGGAAUCAAAACCUAAACUGAGCCGAAAUGGCAGUGUCUUUGUGAGAGCACAGAAGCUGUCUGAGAAAACAACAAUUCGACCUGCUAAAAGCAUGGACUCGCUGUGCUCCCUGCCUGUGGAAGGGGAGGAUGAGAAGAGCCGGUUCAAACGCACAGUGGCUGCUGGAGGAUUCUUCAUUCCGGUGAUGAAGGUGCGGACAGGAGGGACGGGAAGCUCGUAUGACCUCAGCAAGGAGAAUGAGUGGGACCGUGAAGGGACCAUCACAGGAGCCAUGGGAGGUUCAGAGCACAGUGGGGACAAAUCCUCCCCCAGGACCUCUCAGGCUUGGCCGCCCCCCGAGCAGCUGAAGGUAUUCCGGGCUGCGGAGGACCCUGAGAACGAGCAGACCUCCCCGAAGAUGUGCCGUAUGUUCUACACCUCAGAGGUGGCCGCCAAGUCAGGCUUCCCCAGCAGACUCUUCCCUCUGGAGGCCUCCCCUCGGCACCAAAGGAAAGCCCUGACCAUCUCAGAGCCCUUUGCUGUCUCUGUGCCCCUCCGGGUGUCUGCAGUCAUCAGCACCAACAGCACCCCAUGCCGCGUGCCUGCCAAGGACAAGCCGGUCCUUUCCAGCUUGGAGGAACUGUGUCCCUUGGGGGCAGAUGGCUCCACCCACACUGCACAAGAAGAGGAAAGCCAUGCCACGCCUGAGCAGGCCGCAGGCAGGGAGGAGAAGCCACCUGGGGAUGAGAUUGCAGCAGGUUCUUCCAUUGAGAAACUGACAGCAGCCAGGAAGCCUGCACCUUUAGAAACCCCUAAACCAACAGCAGAAAACCAGGAGCCAGUGGGUGGUGGGAACAACAGUAGCAUCAAGAAAAGCCCAGUGCAUGAUGCCAGCCUGGCUCAGGCACCAGCAUCAGAGACCCCAGCAGGCCUGUGCCCAGCAGAGGAGUCCAUGCACAGCCAAGUCAAGGUGAAGGAAGGCCCAUCAGAAAGGGACAGCUGGCAGCAGGAAAUCUCAAGGGCUAAAGAGGUGGAGGCCUUGUUUCUCAGAGAACUGGCUGAAGAUGAUGCUGCCAAUGCCCUGCUGGAACCCCUAUGGCCAGAGAUUCAACAGGAGCUCAAAAUAAUUGAGCCUGAAGAGGAGCUUUCGUCUUUCCCCACAGCGGCCCCAGAGGCAGGCCAACCCCAGCAAGUGUUAACACUCGGGAGUGAGUCUGCUGCCUCACCGCAAACAAACAGUUUCUCCUGUGGCUCAGUGGUGGCCCCAGGCCUGUCUGAACCAGGAACUACAGUCAGAACCUCAUGCAUCACAUCUCAAGGUCCAUUAUGUGGUGUCCCCUCCAAAAAUGGAUCCGGCGGCCUCCAGAGUUUUCAAUCUGAACAGGCUGCACAGCCUGACAGGGCUGCUGCUGUACCCAGGCCAGGCACUGUGCCCUGUGGCACUGCUGCCCCAAACAACCACCCAAAAGUGGAGGGCAUUGCAAGUGCUCUUCAUCCCCCUCCCCAAGACUUGAAGCUUCAUGGAGAGCAAGGGCUUGAGGAGGUUCUUUCCAGAGAUGAACUCUCUGGCCCCAAAGGUUCCUGUUUGGACUCAGAGAAGAGAAAAGGCAGCAGUGGCCUGCCACUGAGGGAAAAGGGUGGCAUCCCUAUAGGCCAGGACAGAGCCCAGGCCCAGAGGGAGAAGGUUGGCAAAAUGGCUUCAGGUGUAGGCAGUGUGUUCCUGUCAAGGAUGCAAAAUGGAGUCAGAGUCCCACAUCCCUUAGAGGGCAAUGUAGCCAACAAAGCCCAAGAGACAUUUGACCAAGAGGAGGAGGAAGCAUGGACAGACAACGUGCAGGGCUUGGAGCUGGUAGAGCCUUGGGAGGAUCACCAGUGGGUUACCAGCCCACUCCACUCCCCCACCUUCAAGGACAUCCGAGAAAAGGGGAUGCCAGACUUUCAGCCGCCAAGUCACGGAGCAGAGGAGGGCCUUGCCACUCGGCCACGAUUCAGCCGCAGCCUUUCCCUGGAUAGUAAAGACACGGUGAUGAGUCUGUGGAUUGUCCAGCCACCUUUCACAAAUGCACCAUGUGGCCCGAGCAAAGUCGAGCAAGAUGAGAGCUAUCUGAGUCCUCCAGAGGCACUGCCUGCCAGGCUGGAGGGACAGGGUAUGGUCUCUCUUUCAGAGCCAGAGCAGAAAGAAGUGGAUAGGAGCAAAGCUAACCCUCUGGGCUUGAAGCCAGAGCUGUCUUUGUCGCACCAUAAUAACCCAGACAGUUCCUUACAGCCAAAGAACACAGAUGAAGACCCACCCAAUCUUCAAGAGGUCAUGCUCAGUGAAGCAUCCCUGCCCAAAGGACCGUGUUCUGCCAGUGAGUCACAGCUAGGUAGCAACAAAAGUGAAGGCACUCCCCGUAAAAUGAGAACCAGGCCGUCAUCUCUCAACCUGGAUUCUUUCCUUCCAGCACCAGAUUUAUUCAAGUUUGAGGGCCUGGUAAUGCCCACUUCACCUAGAAACAUUCUGUGUGGGCAGAAGGAAGUGAAGGGCAGUGAUUCUGUCCCAUCGCUGCCUGUUGCUUGCCCUGCUGGGAAUACAGCUGACUACUGGGGAUCUCGCUUCGAGGCUUGCAGAGACCUAGACCUAGAUUACAUGACUGUGACCCAUGCCACCACAGGCCGUCGUAACUCUGCCCCUGUGAGUGUGUCAGCGGUGAGGACCUCCUUUAUGGUCAAGAUGUGCCAGGCCAGAGCAGUGCCGGUGAUACCACCCAAGAUUCAGUAUACACAGAUCCCACAGCCACUGCAGCCUCAGAAGGCUGACGAGGAUGCCCCUCCAGCACCAGAGAAGAAGGAAACAGAAACAAGUUCAGCCACUCGGGAGACUCACAGGGCAGCUUGGAGUCACCCUGAGCCUCCAAAGAGCCCACGGGCAGAGAAGAAAGCCAAAGAGGAGAAAGAAAACAGUACCCCCACUGAAAUGGAUUCAACCCCUUCCAGCCACAGUGGCCUCAACCCUCCUCCAGACCUGUCUCACUCCAAUAAUACUUCCAAUCAUGAUGCCCCUGUGCUGCGUCGGAAGCGCACCUCAGAGGGGGAGACCUCUGGGGACAACCCCCAGUCCUCAAAAAUGGAGAGGCCAUCGGGAUUCUCCAAGCCUUCCUACAGAUCCAGGCCGGGAAGGCCGCAGAGCCUUAUUCUCUUCAGCCCCCCUUUCCCCAUCAUGGACCACCCCUCUUCCUCUACAGACUCCAGGGUGUUAUUAUCACCCAUAAGAAGCCCCUCUCAGACCACCUCUCCCACCCCCAUUUGUGGCGAUCUGUCUGGGACCCCGCGGACAACGCCUGAGGGGGUCACUCUGAGGAACAAAAUGACCAUCCCCAAGAAUGGCCAAAGACUGGAGACCUCCACCAGCUGCUUUUAUCAGCCCCAGAGGAGGUCAGUGAUUCUAGAUGGGAGAAGUGGGAGGCAGAUUGAAUAAAGGCAUUUCCCCUCCUCUCCUCUUCCCUGGUGGAUGAGACUGGAGCAUCUAUUUGUUGCUGUUGUUAUUGUUCUUAUAAAUAUUCUAUGCAAGGAGGACACAAAUCCCCCCACCACUUUUUUGUCUCGUAUAGAGCAUUUUGCUACUGAGGUUCAUGUUCUCUCUGUCUUUCUUUUGCUUCUUCUGGCCCUGCCCACUUCUCCCGACCCCAUAUUAUCUGCUUUUUUACAAGUAAUCCCAAGGAAUUUGUCUUUCCUCUGUCCUGUUUUGUAACAUGGACUGUUUGAAAACCUUGCCUUCUAUCUGG